UUGAUGUCACCAAGCAGGCCAGCACUGCGCCAGUCUGUCACUCGCCUUAUGCCAAUUAUCAAGGACGACCGUAUUGUGUUGUUUUGUGUUUUUGUUUAUUGUACUAAUUUUAUUUAAGGAUUUUAUAGAAAUGGAGUUUUAUUUUAGAAAUUGUUAUGGUUAUGCAUCGUCAAUGGUCACUCUGCGUCGAAGCUGACAUCAGAGCAUGUAUAAAUGAAUGACCAGUCUGUAUCACCCUUGUGUAGAAAUGAGUGACCUACCCCAACAAUAUCUCCAAAACCAGCAACCAUACAGCCAUGGUGCCUUUUCACCUCCUUUGCAGCCGAUGAACUAUGCAAUUGGACUUAAAGAAGCUGUCCCCUGGGUGCAGAGUUGGCAAGGUGGGCUGACCACACUUUCACCUUCUGGCUACUCAGGUCUGGAUAUGCACACAGACCUCACUUAUGCCACCAGGCCACUCACUGCAAAUGGUAAUUAUGAGCCGUUGCAGGGAACAUCUCCAGAGAUCCAUGACCAUAAUUAUGGAGUAAAGGAAAAUAUUCUAAAUGGAACCAGUUCAGAACAAGGGGUCAUCUGCUCCCAGCAGGCUUCCCCACACCAGAGCAUUAGCUGUGGUCCCACCUCCAAAUAUGGUCUGGAUCCAGACACAAUUCCUGAUGUGGUUCAGGUGUUGGAAAAUGACCAAGCAAAUUGGACAACACAGGUGUUCCUGACCAAAGACAGGGGUGCGCUGCCUCCUCUCUCUAGUACAGACUGCACCAUUGAGGACGGAGGUAAUGCCAGUCCCCGCUUCAUGCGCGUCUCAACAUACACCUUUCCCAGCACCCCUGAAGCAGCCAGAAUGGCUCAUCUGCCGUUGGCUGCCAUAAUAAAGCCCUUUUCAAGAGUGCCCUUUGGUGAGGCACCUCCUGCAUUGCUGGACUCCAGAGAAUGGGGGCCUGUGUGCUGCAGUAAUUGUGGAGCUGUCAUCUGCCCAUUCUUUGAGUUUCAAGAUUGUGGCCAGAGAUUCAGAUGCCCCUUUUGCACCUCUAUCAUCGAAGUUCCAUGGCAGUAUUACAAACAUCUGGACAAAAGUGGAAAACGUGUGGAUGCACAGAUUCGGCCAGAGCUCUGUCGUGGGUCCUAUGAGUUCUUGGUAUCCCCUUCUGAGAGACAGUUGAACUCAUUUUCUGGGAAUAUUGGCACACCUGCUUUUAUUUUUAUGAUUGAUGUUUCACUAAAGCCAAUCAGAGAUGGGACGGUCUACCGAAUAUGCCAGGAGCUCAGGUCAAUACUGGAUAUGUUACCGAGGGAUGCUGGAACGGAAGAUUCUGCAGUGAGGGUGGGGUUUGUGACCUAUGACAGAGCUCUUCACUUGUACAGCCUCAACCCCAGCCAAUGCCAGCCACACAUGCUGGUGAUCAGUGAUCUGGAAGACCUGGAGCUGCCCCUGGUGGAAGGGUUGCUGGUACAUGUCGACAAAUGUCGAGAUGCUAUUGACAGUCUCCUGGAUAAAAUCCCUGAAAUAUUUGUGGGGACGGAGGAAUCCGAAGUAGUCUUGGAGCCUGUUAUACAGGCUGGCUUACUGAUGCUGAAGAAUUCAGGAUGCUCAGGUAAACUCUUCAUUUUUCACACAACUCAACCAACAGGAGAUAAGCUGAUUGACAAAAUGGAUGCCAGUAUUUUCAGUGUCAUGAAAGAAAAGUCUUUGUUUCAGCCACAAGAUGCCUGCCUCCCCUUGGUGCAGAGGUCUGUAGCUCAGGGCUGUGGCUUGGACUUCUUUCUCUUUUCACAUGACAUGAUAGGCAUGGCCACACUAGGACAUGCCUCGCUGCUUACUGGGGGGAGCCUCUACAUGUACAGCUCAUUGGUGGAUGAAGGUGAACAAUUUCAAAUGGAUCUCAGACACAAUGUUCAGAGACAUAUUGGAUUCAAUGGCACACUGAAAGUGUUUGUUAGCAAAGGUCUAAAAGUGUCAGCCUGCUUUGGCUCACUUCAGAGCAGUUCUAAUCCAGGGGAAUACAAAUUGGCUACAGUGGACGCUGAUAAUACGUUUGUUGUUGAGUUCACACAUACCGGCCAAGUAGAUGAAGACAGAGGUGUGGCCAUUCAGUGUGUUUUAUCCUACACUUCAGCCAGUGGCCAGAGGAGGAUGCGUGUUCACAACAUGACCCUAAACUGCUCCUCCCACUUGGUGGAAACAUUUAGGAACAGCCAGGCCGAAACCCUGCUUACUUAUUUUUGCAAGAAAGCCUACUGUGAAUUGCUGACUACUCCAGCUAAGACCCUAAGGGACAGUCUGGUUAUAGAGUUGACAGAGAUGUUGGCAUGCUAUCGAAAGCACUGCUCUUCUACGAAGGUUUCACCUGGACAGCUGGUGAUGCCCCAGUUUCUAAAGAUUCUACCUGUUUAUUUGAAUUGCCUGCGGAAAAGUGAAGUACUGCUGCCAAGUGGGCAUAAUUCAGUGAAUGAGAGGGCAUACAUGCGUUGCUGGGGGUUAACAAUGGAUACAAAAGAAACCUCACGCUACUUCUACCCUCGCAUUGUGCAACUGUCUGCAGUAAGUGAAGGGAAGCCGUUAUCAGCAGUGCGGUGCUCAGCGAGGAGCCUCUCCCCACAUGGCGUCUAUUUAGCAGACAACACUCAAGCUCUGUUCCUGUGGGUGGGGAAAGCCGCACCUCCGGAGUUAGCCCAGUCUAUUUUCAACAUGCCUUCAUUCAACAAUGUACAGUCUGGGAAGUGUGUCCUUCCCAACCUGAAUAAUUCCAUUUCACAGACUGUAAGAGAUGAGAUUGAGAGGCUUCGUCAUCAACGAUCACGAGACAUGCAGCUGCUGCUGGUAAAACAAGAUGAAGAAUCUGAGAAUCGUUUUAAGCACCUCUUAGUAGAAGACAAAAGUCCCAAUGGCGGAGCAUCCUACCCUGAUUUUCUGUAUCAUGUUCAUGUAUCUGCCUUGCAACUGCUCAAAUAAACCUCACAAAGCUAAA